CCGGCUUUUUUUAUUUUGGCCAGCGUCCACACCACAGAAUAAAACGAAACAUUGCUCAUUCAGCCUUUUGUUUCUCUAAUUUUCAUUCCUGCAAUUAUUCUUGCUCUUAAUUCCUUUUUGGUCCCCCUUUCCUCUCUCUCAUCUCGGCCAGCAUACAGCCUAGUUCGUAGAGGAGACACGCGCCCCCUUUCUAAAAAGUCAGAUAGCCGAGAAACCGGGAACCAAACACAGCCAUGGGAGGCAGUUUUUCAAAGAUGCUGUCGAAGCUCUUCGGCAACAAGGAGAUGCGCAUACUGAUGCUGGGCCUAGAUGCGGCGGGCAAGACGACAAUCCUGUACAAGCUGAAGCUGAACCAGUCGGUGACAACAAUCCCGACAGUGGGGUUCAACGUGGAGACGGUGACAUACAAGAACGUAAAGUUCAACGUGUGGGACGUGGGCGGCCAGGACAAGAUCCGGCCGCUGUGGCGCCACUACUACACGGGCACGCAGGGCCUGAUUUUCGUGGUGGACUCGGCCGACCGCGAGCGCAUCGACGAGGCGCGCACCGAGCUGCACCGGAUUGUCAGCGACCGGGAGAUGAAGGACUGCCUUUUGCUGGUGUUUGCGAACAAGCAGGACCUGCCCUCGGCCAUGACGCCGGCUGAGGUCACCGAGAAGCUGGGCUUGCAUAGGAUGCGCGACCGCCAGUGGUAUGUCCACCCGAGCUGUGCCACUACGGGCGAGGGCCUGUUUGAGGGGUUGAGCUGGCUCAGCCAGAACAUCAAGACGCCAUGAAAAGGGUGGUUUGGGUGUGCCGCUGGAAUCAAAAUAUUAGUGUCUCCCCCUUUCUUCCUUUUUUCUUCUAUUCCCUCUGCGAGAUGGAAACACAUCCCCUCCCCCUCCUUUCUACUAAUAUCUUCUCUGUUGGCUUCCUGGAAGCCACGCAAGCCUAUAUCUUUUUGCAUCUGUGUUUCUUUAUCUCG